AUGAUCAUACUCGAUUACGGUACCGAGGUUGCUGGGUUUCCAUUCAUUAGCACAUCGGACGUUGCUGCUGCUGUUCAGCUCGAGUUCAAAUAUGGAGAGUCAUUAGUCGCUCUUUCAAACCCAAUUGGCGACGGGCCAUGGACAUUUUCAAACGGCUUGUCCAACUCAUUUCGGGUGGAAACGUUCAAUGUGUCGACUGUUGGCUACACGGAGAGCUUCUUCAUCCAAGGUGGACAAAGAUGGCAAUCUGUUCGUCUUCUGACCAACAGUUCGGUGACCAUUGAGAGCAUCGGAAUGCGAGCGACAGGCCAGCAUACAGAUGCCAACGAGCUGCCAGGACACAUGACGACAAGCAACGACAUUUACAACCGGAUAUUUGAUCUGGGCGGCCGUGUUGUACAAGUAGCCUGUGUGGACAAGGGCAAUGCACCGUCUACUUGGGAAAUAACCGACAAGGGCGCUUUGAUCCGUGGUCAGACAAGCGCACAAUCUGCUGAGGGUGUCUUGUUGAAAGCCGCAAACUACACACUUUCUUUCGACACCAAGAUCACGCGAGGAGGAACUGGUUGGAGAGUUGGCAGUGGGAUCUCACCCAUCGGACCUUACUUCCUCUUGACUUCCAAUUAUCCCGACAAUAACGCUUUCCGGAAUACAAACAGAACUUUACUACCGCCAAACACUCUUAUCUUCAACAGUGAUUGGAGCUUGGUAAACCAGAGCAGCUUGCCAACACCGGGCAAUAAGUACUAUCCUUUGAACAUCACAGUCGAAGAGGAGAAAUGGCAUCACAUUAGCACUUCAAUUCAGGAAGACGGCUACCACGUGCAGCUCAAUGGGAUCGAAAUCGCCGUAGUUGCUUUACCACCUCCAAGCAACGAUUUUCUCUUCCGUUCAGCUUCAAGGUAUGAAGGUACUUGGGGAUUCGGCGCUUUCCAGGACCAGAUCUCUGUCGUAUCAAAUGUCUCCGUCACAGCUGCGAAUGGAACUCAGAUCUACAGUAAUCCAAUGACUUCGCAGAAAGUGUUGGUGGAAUACGGCGUGGCACCCUUGAAUCACUCAGUAUGUCUUGAUGGCGCAAAGCGAGACCGACUCGUCUGGAUCGGCGACUUCUACCACACUGUUCGUGUGCUUGCUCAAACUACCGCUCGGUGGGACUACAUCAUCGGCAGUAUCGAAUAUGCCUUGAGUUAUCAAGUAGACACAGGACCAUUUGCUGGCUUUGUUCCCAUCUCGACUAGUCUUGGAACAAGACCAGAAUACACAGAUGCAAACCCCACUUGGACAGGAUUGGUCGACUACCAGGACCUGUUUCUUGCAGGUAUCGGAGAGUAUUUCCGAUACACAGGGGACACAAAGGGCUUGAGAAAGCAUUGGGAUAGCAUCAAGAAGCUCGCUGAAGCUAGGAUUACCUUCAUCGACCCGUCUUCAGGCCUCGUUGCUGGCAGUCCUGAGGUUCCAAAUCCAGCGAGCUUCUUGGGGCCAGCCAAUGGGAGUGCAGUGACCGGACUGUUUGCCUUUACGAUGGAUCUGCUUGUUCCUCUAGCGCUUGACAUGGGCGAUGCUGAAGUUGCAUCGAAGUUCAACUCUACAGCUUCCGGGUUACGAGACGCAAUCAACGAUAAAUUGUGGAACCCGAGCUUGGAGACUUAUUCUUUGUCUCUGGGCUCGCCAGGGAACUUCUCUCUUACAGGAAUUGCCUGGGCCAUGCUAUCCGGAGCAGCCAACGGCGAUCAGGCAAGCUCAUCUAUCCGAAAACUGGAAGAAUUGCGAUUUGGGGUAGGAUACAAGACUAUUUCCUCUGAUGAGAAAUCUAGCAACUACCAGCUUGCACCCAAUCCAUCUGGCUUUCUUCUCGAAGCCCUCUUCCAGACUUCUGAGAAACACCAAACUAACAGCACUGCUGCUACGCUGCAUCUUCUCGAUGGGCUGUGGGCCAGCAUGGUGAACAAUGAUUCAUACUCCUCAGGCGCAAGUUGGGAACGUCCCCGCGAAUGUGACGGGAACUCUGAAGAUGCCUGCAGGAUGGGCGAUGAAAGGGCUCAAUCAUUCUACCGAGGGGACUGA